UUCCGCGGAAAAAACAAACAUGGCGCGAGUUUCAAUCAAGUUUGUGGUUUCGUUCAGUUCUCAGGAUGACAAUCAUAAAGUCAGCAACAUCAUUGAUGGUAAUGGUUUCAAAUGUUGGUUAUCACAGCCACAGGAAAAAUCUGGACAAAUUGAAGCAGUAUUUCAGUUGGAGAAAGAGUGUUUAAUUGCUAAUAUUGAUGUUGGAAGUGUGUGGUGUGCAAACAUGGAAUUGCAAGUAGGCAAGUCGGACUGGGCCCAGGGAGUGGAGUACAAAACGUUACUUCCUACAGUAUGUCUUACAAGUCCUAUUGAAUGCAAGAAUGGCGAAGGAACUUUGAAAAAUAGAACGUUCUCUUCUGAACACUUUUGUACUGAAGUUAGCAAAGAAAAAUGGGACCGCAUUAAGGUGAUUUGUCGACAACCCUUCCGUAAGGAUGUCCAGUAUGGUUUGACUUUCAUUAGGAUCAAAUCUGCAGAUGCACUACCAGCAGAAAACACGAAUCUCCUGCAGUCACCCACCAGUGAUAAUCGCAUCAAUGGCAAGAGUUCAGAGGACAAUUCCAUUGUUAAAUCAAUACAAAAACAUUUCUUUGGAAGAACAUUUCUUAGUAAUAAAGAGAGGGUGGAUCCCUUGCAGUCAAAACUUUUGAAGAUUGCUGGAACCUCUGAAAAUGGAGUGGAACAAGAAGACGCCCUGCCUAGAACUGCAAAGCUCGUGCUCGCAGCCACGGAAAACAUUGGAAAAUUCAGUCCACAGUCUAGAUCAAAGACGAAUUCCAGUGUGAAAGGCCAGCUUUUUUCCGAACGUCUUGAACAAAAAUAUGGGCCAAAGUUUGAAGAUGAGGUUACUGAAUUCUUGGGAACCCUACACAUUGAUGAUUUCGACUUGGAUCACAUCACAAUAGCAGAUCUGCGACAUCGAUUUGAAAAGACCCAGAAAAGGAAACUUUGUGGAGAUGAAAAAAAGAUCUUCAUGGAAUUAUGUCAGAAUUACAUUUGUGAUGUAUUUGAUAAAGUGGACAACAAAGCCUUACAGUUACCUUUAACUUCAAAACCUGAAAGUGAAAAUGAAUAUCCAUUUAAUACACCUUCUAGGAAACGGAAAGCAAAUGAUGAUACAAAUCGGUCUUCACCGAAAACUCCUAAAAUUGCAGUGAGUGGUGUUAGAAAACCACAGGGAGAAACAGACACCACGAAUGCCAAAACUACCCAAUUAAAGAAGUUCAAUAAUUUUAGCUCCAAGUCACCCGUAAGUAGUAGAAAUACUUCAUCUACCAUUGAUGAUAAGGAAACAUCUUCGGUGGAACCAUACAUUGGAAAGACAAAAUCAAAUUGCAAUGCAACACCUUCAAAAUCAAAAGUUAUGACACCUCUUAAUUUUUUGUCUCCAACUAAUCAUAAACAUUCUUCAGCAGCAGAUGCAUUGCAUAAAAACAAGGAUGCCAAUUCAAAUUAUGUACAUCACGUUACAUCAACAAGAACAUCACCCAGCAUGGCAACUUCUGCAAGUAACAAAAAGAACACUGAUCAUUCCCAUGUUGCGUCACUUGUUGCAGCCAUAAAAAACAAUUUUCCAAAGUCAUCUCCACCUGCGAGAAAGCCAUCAACUAAAGGGGAUGCUACUACACGGAGUGCUACUCCUAAACAAUGUGCUACAAAAAGUUUUUCUUAUCGGGGAUUACAGCUUGAAAUUGGUCCUGUCAACACAAGGACAAAAGCUCCACCUAUCGAGCAGCUUGUCUCCGAUAUUCACAAUUCUCUUUCUGGAUCAUCCGAUCAGUGGCUGUCCAAAGAAAAAGGGUUAGGUCUUGAUACAGGUGAUCACAUAAAGUCUUUAGUGUCUAAAGCACAGAGGGGUCGUGGUAAAGCUAGAGGAACUUCCACUGCAAGGACUAGAGGAGGGAAACGUGGAAGAGGUGGACCAAGUGUCAGAUCUAGGGGAGGAUCCAGUGGAAAAACAGGAGGUUCCUCUGGAAGAAAACGAAAACAAAAAGAUGAGGAUUGGUCAGGAGCUGAUGAUGAUCUUUGUUUCCCGGAGGCUGCAAUUGAUAACCCAGUUUUUCAUAAUUACAUAGUCUGUUCCAGUUGCAAAGGAAAUGUUCCAGAACAUGUGUAUUCUCAUCAUUAUCUAACAUGUGGUCCAUCUGACUUGUUGACUAGCAGUCCUUCCAGGGGUUCAGUCAGUUCCUCUGGUGCAUCAUCCUCUUCUACAACUCACAGUUCACGGAUCAGCAAAGAUGACAAAUACUGGACCAUUUUUUCUUCAAGUGAUUCUGACAGUGAUCUCGACGUCAGUGUUAAACAAAAUGAUAAAUGCGUGUCUUGCCCCAUCUGUAAUCAGAUGUUUUCAGAGGAUAUGAUAACGACACAUGCCAAUUUCUGUUGUGAAACAAUAGGCUUUCACUGACAUCAUUCUCAAUAUUGGAGACAAUUGUCUGUGAUGCUUCAAAAAUAUUCUAAACAUACAACUUUGAAAAUAUUGAAUUCCUAAUGGUUUGACAAUUAGCUAUUUAAACUCUUUAGAGCAAAUUAAAUGCUGGUACCGUA